AUGACUGGUGUCGGCCUCGGAAUUGUUGUCUACCUCGGGUUCGUCUACGGAGGUGUGGGCGUGGGCGUGGGCGUGGGCGUGGGCGUGGGCGUGGGCGUGGGCGUGGGCAUGGGCGUGGGCGUGGGCAUGGGCGUGGGCGUGGGCGUGGGCUCACAGCCUGCCAGUAUUGCUGCAAUUUGCAGCAUCGAAGGCUUCUCACCUUGCGCCGUACACCAGCAGGUCACUAUCCUCAGUGAGUAUGGCUGCAAUUUGGCCUUCAAGUUGAAGGUGGGCAAGCAUGGCAUCAGCUUCGCCGGGCGCCUGUGCCUUGAUAACCGGUGCCUGACCAUCGAGGACAAGGACGGGCACAAUAUUCAACCUGGAACAACGCCCAACAAGGUCUGUGCAGACCGUAAUUCCGCGUCCGACCGCGACCCCUUUGUGCAGGUGUACGCUUCAGACACUUUCGCCAUUCAUGUCCUGUGCAGCAACGGGGCCGUGAACAUGAACACUAGCUCACGUCAGACGCUUGCGGGCGCUACGUGGCAGGAAUCUUCCAAGUGGCGCAUGGCACAACAAAGGAGACUGGCCGACAACCGGCUGGCAUCGUUUUCCAUUGACAUCAUCGGCAACAAUCCACUCAGCAUCCUGCGACUGAACAACAACACGCUGGAGAUGCUGGUGUACAACAACGACACGCGCUGGGCCAACCUCACACAACUGUACUUGCGCGACAACCCGUGGUACUGCUGUGGCAUGGAGUGGUUCCGGGACGCGGUUUCCAUUGUACAAGACCUCCCCUUUGUCGCAUGCGCCGCCCCGCAGAGGGUGGCUGGUCACCUCAUCGCAGAUACAAUGGGGCCAAUCACCAUUUGCACCCGAGUUGAUCCUGAUGCGCCAUCCACACUCAACGUGACAUCGGCAGCACCGACAAGUGCCACCGCUGCGUGGACGCGGCCCCACGGCAACUUUGCUCCCAUCGACUACUACACGCUCGAUGUUCGCCUUCACAACACCACGGACGCGUGGCUCCCCGUCACCUGCACCAAUACCUCGUUCCCUCCUGGUGACACGCGCACACCGCUCCCGCACAACCAUCGCUAUCUUGAUCACGAGCCCGCGAGUAUGGACGAGUUGGCAACACCGCUGCACGCCACAAUCACGGGCCUGCUUCCGUUCACCGCCUACGACGUGCGUGUGCGCGCUGUGCACGGUCGCGGGGUGAGCGGGUUUACAACAGCAGGUGUUGUGACUGCGGAGGAUGUGCCGAGCAGACCCGCCGCUCCGCUGGUGCUGGAGGUGCGGCAGCGCGCUGUGCGGGUGAACAUCAGCGUCCCGACCCCCGCCAACGGCCGCAUCGUGGCGUAUGAUGCGCAAAUCGUGGAGACGCGCAUGGAAACCCCUGGCCGCCGGCCCCUCAACCGCAUCAUCACACUCACCACCAAUGGCACCACACCCUAA